AUGGCCGACGGUGAAAAUCCCCUACUCAUCGACGAUAUCAGUCAGGCUGACCCGAACAAAUACCAUCCGUCCGAAGUUCUACUCUACAAGUGGUAUACCGCCAAGCAAAUAGCUAGCAGCCAAAACCGUUCAGCCCUCCGUGCGUCAGCUGCUAUGCGAGAGGCGCUGGGUGAGGUACCACCCCGAGUGCCGUGGCCUCUUCCAUUUCGUCGUCCGCGCGAGCAAUUAGAGAUUGGUGUCGAAGAGUGGAGAGAAUCAAGUCUGCGCAUCAUCGACCAGCGUAUCGCACUCUACGACCCAAAGUCCUCCGGAAAGCGUUCCCCACUUGCGACCCCUCCGGCCAAAUCGGAAAACCAGAAUGGCCUCCCCCAUCGCGCCUUGGGUAUCAAGGAGCUGCUUGAGCAGAUACUCCGAUACGCCACGCCAAGCGCACAGUACGCUGCAUGGAACGUUUCGAAAGGAUGGAGAGAUAUGGUGAGAUACAUCCUGCAAACUCAAUUCCGUAUUCCAUAUCCGUGCGGACCUGUCGAGUAUGGUGACGCUAUUCAGCCUGACCUGAACUGGUUGCAACCAUCCGACUCCGAGAUCGCAAGGUUUCAGGAAAUCGUGGAUCAACUACAAGCUGCCACAGUCGACAUUCGAUGA